ACCCGCGCCCUCCAAUCGGCAGCUUCCCAGACUCUCGCGCUCAACUAUUCGGCGCGAGUGUGCUGGGUUUACGACCCUGCUGUGCCGCGCGCCCCCUGGAGCGAGGGGGGUAGGGCUCGCGCUACGAUCCCCGCCAGGAUCUGGUGGGGGUCUCCCUUUCCCCGCUCCGAGAUCCCAGCCCCUCCGCAUCUCCCCCGGCCGGGGUCCGCCCCAUGGCGCUGAUGGCUGGCGUGAUCCGGCGGCUAGACGAGGUCGUGGUGAACCGCAUCGCGGCCGGCGAGGUCAUCCAGAGGCCGGCCAACGCCAUCAAGGAAAUGCUGGAGAACUGUUUGGAUGCCAAAUCUACCAGCAUCCAGGUGAUUGUUAAGGAGGGAGGGCUGAAACUCAUUCAAAUCCAAGAUAAUGGGUGUGGAAUCAGGAAAGAAGAUUUGGAUAUUGUGUGUGAGAGAUUCACUACAAGCAAAUUGCAAAAAUUUGAAGAUCUGGCUAGUAUUUCUACAUAUGGGUUUAGGGGAGAGGCAUUGGCUAGCAUAAGUCAUGUUGCCCAUGUUACUGUCACAACUAAAACUGCUGAUGCAAAGUGUGCAUACAGAGCAAGCUAUUGUGAUGGAAAACUGAAAGCGCCUCCCAAACCUUGUGCUGGAAACCAGGGGACUCAGAUCACGGUUGAGGAUCUUUUUUACAACGUAACUACAAGGAGGAAAGCCUUAAAAAAUCCAAGUGAAGAGUAUGCAAAAAUAUUAGAAGUCGUUAGCAGGUAUGCCAUCCACAACUCAGGCAUCAGUUUUUCAGUUAAAAAGCAAGGUGAUACGGUGGCUGAUGUUAGAACUCUAUCAAAUGCCACAACAGUGGACAAUAUUAGGUCCAUUUUUGGAAAUGCUGUUAGUAGAGAACUGAUAGAAGUGGGCUGUGAAGAUGGAAAGCUGGCCUUUAAAAUGAAAGGCUACAUAACGAAUGCAAACUACUCAGUGAAGAAAUGCAUGUUUUUACUCUUCAUAAAUCAUCGACUGGUGGAGUCAGCUGCUUUGCGGAAAGCUAUAGAAACUGUAUAUGCUGCUUAUUUGCCGAAAAGUACACAUCCAUUCCUGUACUUAAGCCUGGAAAUAGCCCCUCAGAAUGUAGAUGUAAAUGUGCAUCCUACAAAGCAUGAAGUCCAUUUUCUUCAUGAAGACAGUAUCCUAGAGUGUGUGCAGCAACAUAUAGAGAGCAAAUUACUGGGCUCUAACUCUUCAAGGAUGUACUUCACCCAGACUUUGAUCCCAGGAGUUGAAUGCUCUUCCACUGAGGUGGUUAAAUCAGUAGCAAGCUCCUCUUUCACAGCUAAAGGAACAGGUGAUAAAGUCUAUGCCCACCAGAUGGUCCGCACAGAUUCCCGAGACCAGAAGCUGGAUGCUUUCCUUCAGCCUAUAAACAAACCUUUGAGUACAGGGCAUACAGCGCUGACCCUAGAUGGUGGUACAGGAGUUUCUGAUGGCAGAUCCAGACAGCAGGAUACUGAAAUGGAAGAUCUCAGUGACUUUGAUGCAGUGGUUGCUGCACAGGGGGAUUCAGUGAUGACACCAGAGGGGCAGAAGGAAAGUGGAAGACUGACUCCUGAAACAGUCCCUACUAGAAAGAGACAGUGGACAGGCUCUGAUGUGGAAAUGGAAGAAGAUGAUACUAGAAAGGGAAUGACUGCUGCCUGUACCCCUAAGAGAAGGAUUAUUAACCUAACCAGUGUAUUGACUCUGCAAGAGGAAAUUAGUAGCCAAGCACAUGCAAGUCUUCAGGAGAUGCUACGUGAUCACUCGUUUGUUGGUUGUGUUAGUCCACAGUGGGCCCUGGCACAAUACCAGACAAAGCUGUAUCUUCUCAAUACCACACAACUCAGCCAAGAACUCUUCUACCAGAUUCUUCUUUAUGACUUUGCAAAUUUUGGAGUUCUGAGGUUGUCAGAGCCAGCUCCGCUGUAUGAUCUAGCUAUGCUAGCCUUGGAGAACCCUGAAAGUGGUUGGACAGAAGAUGAUGGCCCAAAGGAAGGACUUGCUGAAUACAUUGUUGAGUUUUUAAAAAAGAAGACUGAAAUGCUGAAAGACUAUUUCUCUCUUGAAAUUGAUGAGGAUGGAAACCUUACUGGAUUACCACUCCUGAUAGACAACUAUGUUCCACCAUUGGAGGGACUACCUAUGUUUAUCCUUCGCUUAGCCACAGAGGUAAACUGGGAUGAAGAAAAAGAAUGUUUUGAAAGCCUCAGUAAAGAAUGUGCCAUGUUUUACUCCAUUAGAAAGCAGUAUAUUAUGGAGGAAUCUGACUUGACUAGCCAGCAGACUGAAGAGCUUGGAUCUGGUUCAUCAUCAUGGAAAUGGACUGUGGAACAUAUUAUUUACAAAGCUUUUAGGACUCACCUUUUGCCUCCUAAACACUUCACAGAAGAUGGCAACAUUUUGCAGCUUGCUAAUCUGCCAGACCUUUAUAAAGUUUUUGAGAGGUGUUGAAUAUUUCAGCUGGAUGAACUCCCUGGUGUAUCCCAUUGUUACAUACCAGGGGGAUAAAGCCGGAUGACCAUAAUGGAAGAAAGGAGUGUGUCAUAUUGCCUUUCAGCAAAGAGUAUUUCAGAAAUAAAACUCUCUAUAUUCAACUACUGUAGCUCUUUGCUGUAGUAUUUCACUGUAAGUAACAAGAGAGACUUUGCUAUAGUUAAACGUUCCAGCCAUGUUGAAAGCUUCCCUUUCACGCAGAAUGCAGCAGAUUUCCUGAUAAACAGCCGUGAAGAUCUGUAGGCUAGAGCCUUUAGAAAAAAAAUUAAGUGGCUGUUUACAUUAUCAAAAUUAAGCUCACAGCUCUAAAAGUUAAACCUACUUUUUAUCUGUACUUAAAACUCAAUUAAAGUUUUGAAAUAGCAAGUGUAAGAUCAGGAAUGUUUACUAGACCACCUUACAGAAUGUUGCAGGUAACAAAGUGAUCAGCUUGGUUUAAAUGUCUAAACAAAGUAUAGCUCCUGAAACAGCUUUAAGAUUGUAUAUAAAAAAACCACUCAUUUCUGGCCAGUACAGUGUCCAUUUAAUGAACUCCUCAGACAUUUCCUCACCCCUCCUUCCACCCUAAAGUUUCAUUCCACACUUAAACAGCAGUUGCUAUACAAACCUCUUCCUUG